AUAUUUAGAAAUCAGAAAUUACACAAAAGAUAUACGUAAGUUAACUGCUGCGCGCUUAAUAACUACUAACUAAAGAUCUCAAUAACGGAUCUAUGAUUUCAUAUGUUUGAAAUGGGAAUAUCGCGAAAUCGUUUAGAAAUAUAUUUUGGCGAAUUUUUCGCGUCAGGUACUACUUAAGAUUCGUUUCUUCUUAGGAUUCGAAAGGGUGCUUCGCUUGUCUUCGCAACGUGCAUGCUAAUAAAAUAUUGCCGAGUUGUACGCACGUGCGUCGUGCACACAGAAGCGAAACGGUUCGUUCGGUGUGGUAAAUGCACCACGGUUGGGUAAGAACCCUGGCCUCGUACAUAGGGGACGACAGAGGAGAGACAGCUGUGGGGCAGCUGGCAGCGCGUGCCACGAACCUAUGGGGUCUCCGAGCGCGGACGCGACGGACGAUGAUAUCCUAUAUUCCGUCGUACCGCUCGGUGUUCCCCGGUGGAUACGGGAUUGCCUGCGUGCGCACUGCGUCCUCGCAGAGUGGGAACAAACGUCGGCCAAUCGAGAGGCUCGAUGGCGAGCCAACUGGAAAGGAAGCUGACGAACCGAAGCGCCAUGCAGUAGCCGCGACAACUCAAACGGAAGACACGGCACUCGCACGUGGGCCUUCGUCGGUGUCGGUUACGUUUUUGCGCGCGCGCUACGACUCGCAAAAACUUAGCACCGUUCACGGCGCGUGGUGACCCCCAAUUGGCGUGCUGGCCGGAUCAU